AAGCAAACUGGUAGCUCGAUCGCACCUCUUCCUCCUUCCUUUCACUGAUCCCCAUCCUCCCUUCCCUUCUUGUCUGCUGCUGGGCGCUGCAGUCUUAAUUCUCUAGAUACCCCAUCGUUUUCCUUGCGCAACAGUACACCUCUCCCUCAGUCAACAACCACCCGCCGUUCGACAUGGCUCGGCGGUCAAGCGGCGCCUCGUCGCGCUUUCAAUGGACGACCGUCCUCUAUCUCCUCCUCGUCAUCUGCGCCCCGAUGGUGCUCUUCGGCACCGCCAAGGCGCAGUCCGACGACAACGCCGUCAAGGGUCCUGUCAUUGGUAUUGAUCUGGGAACCACCUACUCCUGUGUGGGUGUCAUGAAAGGUGGCAAGGUCGAGAUUAUUGUCAAUGACCAGGGUAACCGUAUCACGCCGUCUUGGGUCGCCUUCACCGAUGAGGAGCGUCUUGUCGGUGACGCCGCUAAGAACCAAUACGCCUCGAACCCCGGCCGCACCAUCUUCGACAUCAAGCGUCUGAUCGGUCGCAAGUACAGCGAGAAGGACGUCCAGAACGACAUCAAGCACUUCCCCUUCAAGAUUGUCAACAAGAACGGCCAGCCCCGUGUCGAUGUCGAGGUCAAGGGCGAGCAGAAGGCUUUCACGCCCGAGGAAAUCUCCGCCAUGGUCUUGGGCAAGAUGAAGGAGGUUGCUGAGAGCUACCUCGGCGAGACUGUCCAGAACGCCGUUGUCACUGUCCCCGCCUACUUCAACGACGCUCAGCGUGCCGCGACCAAGGACGCCGGCACCAUCGCUGGCCUGAACGUUCUCCGUGUCGUCAACGAGCCCACCGCGGCCGCUCUGGCCUACGGUCUCGACAAGAAGGAGGACAAGAACGAGCGCCAGAUCAUCGUCUACGACCUUGGUGGUGGUACUUUCGAUGUUUCCAUCCUCACUGUCGACGAGGGUGUUUUCGAGGUCCAGGCUACCGCCGGUGACACUCACCUUGGUGGUGAGGACUUUGACAACCGUGUCAUCAGCUACUUCGCCAAGCAAUACAACAAGAAGAACAACGUCGACAUCACCAAGAACCCCAAGACCAUGGGUAAGCUAAAGCGCGAGGUUGAGAAGGCCAAGCGUACUCUGUCCUCCCAGAUGUCCACCAAGAUUGAGAUCGAGUCCUUCUUCGAGGGCAACGACUUCUCCGAGACCCUGACCCGCGCCAAGUUCGAGGAGCUCAACAACGAUCUCUUCAAGAAGACUCUCAAGCCUGUCGAGCAGGUCCUGAAGGACGCCAAGCUCAAGAAGAGCGAGAUUGACGACAUUGUCCUUGUUGGUGGUUCCACUCGUAUCCCCAAGGUCCAGGCGAUGCUUGAGGAGUUCUUCGGAAAGAAGGCCAGGAAGGACGUCAACCCCGACGAGGCUGUUGCCUACGGUGCUGCCGUCCAGGGUGGUAUUCUUUCCGGCGAGGAGGAGGCCACUGGCAUGGUCCUCAUGGAUGUCAACCCUCUUACUCUUGGUAUCGAGACCACCGGCGGUGUCAUGACCCACCUCAUCAAGCGUGGCACCACCAUCCCCACCCGCAAGAGCCAGAUCUUCUCCACCGCCGCCGAUAACCAGCCCGUCGUCCUGAUCCAGGUCUACGAGGGUGAGCGUUCGAUGACCAAGGACAACAACCUUCUCGGCAAGUUCGAGCUCACCGGCAUCCCCCCGGCGCCCCGUGGCGUUCCCCAGAUCGAGGUUUCCUUCGAGCUGGACGCCAACGGUAUCCUGAAGGUCUCUGCUGGUGACAAGGGCACCGGCAAGUCCGAGUCCAUCACCAUCACCAACGACAAGGGUCGUCUGUCCACCGAGGAAAUCGAGCGCAUGGUCGCUGAGGCUGAGAAGUACGCCGAGGAGGACAAGGCCACCCGCGAGAGGAUCGAGGCCAGGAACGGCCUUGAGAACUAUGCCUUCAGCCUCAAGAACCAGGUCAACGACGAGGAUGGCCUUGGCGGUAAGAUCGACGAGGAUGAUAAGGAGACUAUCAUGGAGGCUGUCAAGGAGGCGCAGGACUGGCUCGACGAGAACGCUGCCGAGGCUACGGCCGAGGACUUUGAGGAGCAGAAGGAGAAGUUGUCCAACGUGGCCUACCCCAUCACCAGCAAGCUUUACGGCGGCGGUGCUGGCGGCAUGCCCGACUACGACGAUGAUGAGCCUAGCGGCCACGAUGAGUUGUAGAAUGUUUUCUUGCAGUGGAGUAAAAGCUUUGUAUAAAUUCUAGACGUGGGCAGUAUUCCAACGGUCCCGUAGGGAAAGGGAGUUAUGAAAUGGAUGAAGAUUCACAUUACACAUUGCGCAACGCUUCGGCUAAUUCUGUUCACCCUUUUUUUCGUUGGCUAUAUGUGUUUUGCCC